GAGGAAGAGGCUGGUCAAGAGUCAAGAUUUCGACGAAACAGCAAACACGGAAGCGGCGCCAGGAAAACCCGUCGACGAUGGAGCCUCAGCCGUCCGGCUCCUCCCCGGCGGCCGUGGUGGCGAAGGGGGCGCCGGCGGCGGGGGAGCAGCUGGCGGUGUUCUGGCACGAGGGCAUGCUGGCCCACGACGCCGGCCGCGGCGUGUUCGACUCGGGCCGCGACCCGGGCUUCCUCGACGUGCUCGACCAGCACCCGGAGAACGCCGACCGAGUCCGCAACAUGGUCUCCAUCCUCCGCCGCGGCCCCAUCGCGCGCUUUCUCUCCUGGCACUCCGGCCGCCCCGCCCACGUCGCCGAGCUCCUCUCCUUCCACUCCGCCGGAUACAUAGAGGAGCUCGUUCAAGCAAACGCCGGUGGUGCCAAGAAGUUGUGUGAAGGCACUUUCUUGAACCCUGGAUCCUGGGGUGCGGCGCUUCUGGCGGCUGGAACAACCUUAUCAGCGAUGAAGCACAUACUAGACGGGCAUGGCAAGAUUGCCUAUGCGUUGGUCCGUCCCCCUGGCCAUCACGCCCAACCGGACCGUGCCGAUGGUUACUGCUUUCUGAACAAUGCCGGGCUGGCAGUGAAGCUGGCUCUGGAUUCAGGGCGCCGAAAGGUUGCCGUUGUUGAUAUUGACGUGCACUAUGGGAAUGGCACUGCAGAGGGCUUCUAUCACACAGACAGUGUGCUGACGAUCUCUCUCCAUAUGAAGCAUGGUUCAUGGGGUCCGUCGCAUCCCCAGAGCGGCUCCGUCGAUGAGAUUGGUGAAGGCAGUGGCCUUGGGUACAACCUCAAUAUUCCUUUGCCUAAUGGCGCUGGGGAUGCAGGGUAUGAAUAUGCAAUGAAUGAAUUAGUCGUUCCAGGGAUAGAGAAGUUUCAGCCCGAGCUUUUGGUUUUUGUUGUUGGCCAAGAUUCUAGUGCGUUUGAUCCGAAUGGGAGACAGUGCUUAACCAUGGUUGGUUAUAGGAAAAUUGGACAAAUAAUGAGGGGCCUGGCUGAUCGACACAGCAAUGGUCAAAUAUUGGUCGUCCAGGAAGGGGGUUAUCAUAUCAGUUAUUCGGCAUAUUGUCUGCAUGCAACACUAGAAGGUGUUUUGAAUCUCCAAGCCCCGUUGCUUGAUGACCCAAUCGCCUAUUAUCCAGAGGAUGAGAACUACACAAUGAAAGUCGUGGACAUCAUUAAGCAAUGCUGGAAAGAAUCUAUUCCAUUUUUGAAGGACAUAUAGAAAUCAACGUCUUUUACUAGAUGCUAGUGUCAAUGGCUCUCAAUUUCAUAUCAUUCACCGUACGCUUACUCCCUCAGUCUAAAAAAAACUAAUUCUUCAGUU